AUGUGGUUCGAGUCGGACAUGUACAAGCGGGACAAGGCUAGAUCGGACAAGGCAGACGCUGAGGUUGCGGCUUUCUUCUCUCGGGGGGCGGCGGGGAGCGUCGACCCCGCCGGCUCCCCAGCCGGCUCCCCCGCUACCGGGGCAGGCACCGGGGAGAGCGUUGACAGAGCAGGGAGUCCACCUGCAGGUCAGGGACCGGCGGCGCAAGCGGCGUUGGCUGAGACGGAGGUCCGCCAGGAACCGGGAAGUACGCCGAUAUCGUUGGCCGCCGCCGCCGCCGCCAACAUCCGCCGGGAACAGGAGCGAGAGCAGGAUAAGGGCGGGGACGAGGGCGAGCACGAGGGCGAGGAGGUGCCUGAGUGGUGGGUCUUCCCCUUCCUGCUUCUCACAGCGGCGUACAGCCCGUGGAGUGGUCAGGCCCCGUCGGAGUGGAAGCACCUCGACUCUUCGGACGGGCCGUCUAUAAAGCGGAAGGGCGGGGACGUCACCGUGGACUCUGACAACCCCGUGAGCAGCCCC